AUGCUUGCUGCACGGGUGACAGCCGGUCUUAUUAGGCAGAUUCCAAGGGCAGCAGUUAAGGUCUGCACAAAUGCCCUUGGAGCUGGAACUGUUGUUGCCAGGAAGUUCUCCACUACCACUCCUGCAAAGGCUGCUGGUGCUGAAGUAUCUUCCAUUCUUGAGGAAAGGAUUUUGAACCAGACCUCAACUGUAAACCUUGAAGAAACUGGCAAAGUACUGUCUAUUGGUGAUGGUAUCGCCCGUGUCUAUGGCUUAAAGAACAUUCAAGCUGAGGAGAUGGUAGAGUUCUCCAGUGGGCUUAAGGGUAUGGCCUUGAACUUGGAACCUGACAAUGUGGGUGUUGUCGUCUUUGGUAAUGACAAACUCAUCAAGGAAGGCGACAUUGUGAAAAGAACUGGAGCUAUUGUGGACGUACCUGUUGGUAAAGAGUUGCUUGGACGUGUUGUUGAUGCUCUUGGUAACCCCAUUGAUGGAAAGGGUGCUAUAAAGUCUGCCACUCGUGCCCGUGUUGGCACCAAGGCUCCUGGUAUUAUUCCUAGGAUUUCUGUACGUGAACCUAUGCAGACUGGCAUCAAGGCUGUGGAUAGUUUAGUACCCAUUGGCAGAGGUCAGCGUGAGUUAAUCAUUGGUGACAGGCAAACUGGUAAAACUGCAAUUGCUAUUGAUACCAUCAUUAACCAGAAACGUUUCAAUGAAGGUCAGGAUGAGAGUAAGAAACUCUACUGUAUCUAUGUUGCUAUUGGCCAAAAGAGAUCCACUGUUGCUCAAAUUGUCAAGAGAUUGACAGAUGCUAAUGCUAUUGGUUACACUAUUGUGGUCAGUGCCACUGCAUCUGAUGCUGCACCCUUGCAAUACCUUGCUCCAUACUCCGGUUGUGCUAUGGGAGAGUAUUUCAGAGACAAUGGUGGCCAUGCCCUUAUCAUCUAUGAUGAUUUAUCUAAACAGGCUGUUGCCUAUCGUCAGAUGUCCUUGCUGUUGCGUCGUCCACCAGGUCGUGAGGCCUAUCCUGGUGAUGUCUUCUAUCUGCACUCUCGGCUCCUGGAGAGAGCUGCCAAGAUGAACCCAAAUAAUGGUGGUGGUUCUCUCACUGCCCUACCAGUUAUCGAGACCCAGGCUGGUGAUGUGUCUGCUUAUAUUCCAACAAAUGUCAUUUCCAUUACUGACGGACAAAUUUUCUUGGAAACUGAGUUGUUCUACAAAGGUAUUCGACCUGCUAUUAAUGUCGGAUUGUCUGUCAGCCGUGUAGGAUCUGCUGCUCAGACUAAAGCCAUGAAACAAGUGGCUGGUUCCAUGAAGCUGGAAUUGGCUCAGUACCGUGAAGUAGCAGCUUUCGCUCAGUUUGGUUCUGACUUGGAUCAAGCCACCCAGAACCUUCUCAACCGAGGUGUCAGGCUAACUGAAUUACUCAAGCAAGGACAAUAUUGUCCUAUGGCUAUUGAGGAGCAAGUUGCCACUAUCUAUGCUGGUGUCAAAGGUCAUCUAGAUAAAGUGGAUCCUGCCAAGGUUACACUUUUUGAGCAGCAAUUCUCUGAACACAUCAAAGCCACACAGCAAACUCUUUUGCAAACCAUCGCUAAAGAUGGCCAAAUCACAGAAGAAUCAGAUGCCAAAUUGAAAGCCGUUGUCACCAACUUCCUUGCUGGUUUUGCUGGUUAA